AUCGCUCACAAGUCCCGUGCCCUGGUUGGCCUAAGACAGCGCGGAAGCGGGGAGUUAAAGAGUCAGUGCCUGUCGUGGGAGCUGGCCUGGUCCCUCCGGAGCGCCCUGGAGUCGCCUUUGGGUGGCUUCCUUUUUUUACACAACACUAGUUUUUUCUCUGUGCUAUGGGAGAUGUCAAAGAACCAAAAAUGCAAAUAACACCGGAAACUCCAGGAAGGAUCCCUGUUUUAAAUCCUUUUGAAAGCCCUGGUGAUUAUUCUAAUCUCCAUGAACAAACUCUCUCCAGUCCUUCUGUUUUUAAAUCAACAAAAUUACCAACUCCAGGGAAAUUUAGAUGGUCUAUUGAUCAACUAGCUGUAAUAAAUCCUGUAGAAAUAGACCCAGAAGACAUUCAUCGCCAAGCUUUAUACUUAAGUCAUUCUCGAAUAGAUAAAGAUGCGGAAGACAAAAGACAAAAAGCCAUUGAAGAGUUUUUCACUAAGGAUGUCAUUGUGCCCUCUCCUUGGACUGAUCAUGAAGGGAAACAGCUUUCAGAGUAUCAUUCCAGUAAAUGUAUUAAUGUAAGUAAUGAAUCUCCAGUUGGAAGAAAGCUGACCAUCUAUUCUGAGAAAAGCAAUGCUGCUUGUCAGACAUUGCUGUCUCUUCCUGUAGAUUUUAAUUUAGAGAAUAUAUUAGGUGACUAUUUUAGAGCUGAUGAAUUUGCAGAUCAAUCUCCUGGCAACCUCAGUUCUUCAUCCCUCCGAAGAAAGCUAUUUUUAGAUGGCAACGGAAGUAUCUCUGACUCCUUACCUCCAGCUUCUCCCAAAAGUCCUCGCACUGGUGCUCAAGCAUCACUUGAGGUUUUUUAUUCAAUAGAUUUAUCUCCUGUACGGUGUAGGAGCCCUGUGCAGACACCAAGUUCGGGGCAGUUUUCUUCUAGCCCUAUUCAGGGCAGCGCAAAAAAAUACAGUUUGGGAAGUAUAACCAGCCCUUCACCUAUUUCUUCACCCACUUUCUCACCAGUUGCUUUUCAAAUAGGAAAGACACCACUCUCAGAACAAAAGAAGUUUACUUUGCCUUCUGAUGUUUCGUCUGGAAUAAAUUCUAAUGGAAUUACUAAUCCGUGUAUCAGAAGUCCUUACAUAGAUGGCUGCUCACCAAUUAAAAACUGGUCUCCUAUGAGACUUGAGAUGUGUAGAGGCGGUACUCAGUAUCGGACCUCACUGAUUCGGAUACCUUUUACUCUUGAGGCUCACAGUGAAGAUGAAGAAGAUAAAGCAAAUAUGUUUUCCAGAGAUGCCUUAUCAUCCGCCAUGGACACUACUGGAGUCCCUCAGAGGCAGCUGGGUAGUGACGCUUCUCCACAUGGCACACAUUUAGUAGUGACUGCCAUGUCUGUUACACAGACUCAGUCCAGUGCUUCUGCAAAAGACCUAGCACUGCUGCAGGAUGUGGAAAGUGAGAGGGAAAAUAACACUGUGGAUAUGGUUGAUCCUGUAGAGAUAGCAGAUGAGAACACAUGGAUUAAGGAGCCGAUUGAUAAUGGGAGUUUACCCGUGACCGAUUCUGUGAGUGGGAUUGCUUUCAGUAUGGAAAACUCUCAAAUGUGCAUGUCACCUCUUGCAGAAAGCAGUGUCAUUCCUUGUGAAAGCAGUAACAAUCAGAUGGAUAGUGGCUAUAACACACAGAAUUGUGGAAGCAAUAUUAUGGAUACGGUUGGGGCAGAAAGUUACUGCAGAGAGGGUGAUGCACAAACCUUGGAGGUCGAGAAUAAAUGUCAAGUUUUUAAUACAAAGCAAGACCAUACAACACAGAGGUGUUGGAUGAAGACAGCAAAUCGUCCUCAGUGCAGCAGUCUAUAGAGUUACCUCUUUCAGAACCAAAGACUACCUACCGCUGAGCAGCAGCUCGCCUACGGGACCGUAGUUGGGGAAAACCUGCUUCACCUAACAUGCUUCGCUGUUUCCCUCCUUAAUGUGAAGAAUCAAGGGCUUAAUUUAGGGACGUAGAAACAACAGAAAAGCUCCUGGAACUGUCAACAUGUUGCUGAAGUACAAGUUUAUUUUUUAUCAAUAAAUAUUUUUGUACUUACCUUGA